CGGCCUUAGUAGUACUAGUCAGGACGUGCGAAGGCACACCGUACCGCAGUGACGAGUGUUAUACUGCUGUUUCACCUCAUUUUCGCUACUCAGAAGCACAAAUGGAUUGGGUGCUUUUACUCUCGCGGCUUUGCAUCGUUGUUACGAUUGCAAGCAAUGGAGGAGGAAUACCCAUCUUUGUUGAUAUCAUCCGCAAGGGAACCACUCACUCUGUGCCUUUUCUGCCAUUUUUGGCCGGCUUUGUCAGUAACACAGCUUGCCUGGGCUAUGCAAUGCUGCGGGCCGACAGCGUCCUGCUUAUUGUCAGUGGGGUAGGAAUAACAAUGAGUACCAUCUAUGUCUCCUUGUUUCUCUUCUUCAGUUGUCAAAAGAGUACCACUUUUAAGCAGCUCAUGUUCUCUGGCGUGGGGAUUCUCUGUGUUUAUGUCUACCUGACGCGCAUCAUCCGUGAGCCGUAUGCUGUUGAGAUCCAGCUAGGGCUGUUGGUCACAUUUUUCAUCACGUGCAUGAACAUAGCACCCAUUGCAGAUAUGGGUAACCUUCUCAAGAAGCAGUCCAGUGAAGGGCUGUCUUUAUCCAUGGCCUCUGCCAUCUUUGUCACUUCAGUGCUCUGGGUGCUGUACGGCAUUGCAGUCAAUGACAUAGCACUGUCGGUGCCAAGUAUAUCUGGUGUCGUGUCUGGCUCAAUUCAGUACUACCUUCUGUGGUGUUACCCGUCUUCUGGCAAGGCCAUCAAGUCCGAGUGAAAAAGAAACACUCUCCCAUUUUGUCUCCAGUUGCUAGCCACUCAUUCCCGCCAUUUUUUAGUAAUCUUAAUGAGUGGCAGACAAGAGAAUCAUGCAGUUUACUCUGUGAUUUGGGUGUAAGACAUAAAUUGCUUAGUCAGGGAGUCAGUUUUGUUGAGUGAUGUUUUACCUCAGGCUGUGCUCUGUCCCACCAAAAUACCUCUGCUUCACCAAAGCACCAUGUAUAAAAUGAAUUUUAGCAGUUAACAAUAUUAUAGAAUUUGCCUUAAAAAGAUUGGUAUUUUAUUGGUCACUGUAUUCUGUGCAUGAUUAUGGUACACACAACAUUUCAAUUUGCAAGGCUGUUAAUGUAUUAUCCUUGUUCAAUGGGCCCAUAAACUUUUCUAAAACAAUCUCAGCUCCUGGCGAGUAUGUGGCUCAAAUGCAGCCUCUUUAGAUACAAAACAAGCAAGCCCCAACAACCAUCUCUGCCCACAUAGGUACAAGUACAUUUUGUGCCGUAGAUGGAGAGGCAAGUAGGGUCAACAUGACUUCCCAAAGGAGGCAGCAUGUAACCAGCAGCUGAAUUGGAACCUUAGACCCUAUGAUCGCUAGUUGCAUUAGGCCACACUCCCCUUGAUGGGAUCUGCCUACUAAAAUGUAAGAGCCUAGAGUUGAGUGGCUUGAGCAAAUAUUCAGUCAUUACAGCAAAUCUAACACCUACUAAUUCCUAAAUACACUGUACAUGUACAUGCACAGUUUUUGCAUUCAAUUUGACCACACUGCCAGUCCUUCAGAAAAACAGUGAUUAAGCAGUUGACUCUGUCUUCUCAGAGAGAAUUUCGGUUCAGAUACAGAAGUUUGUGUUAAGGUGUCUUUAAUUUCUAUUACUCAAUCAUGGAUUAAAUAGAUCAGAUGAAAAUAACUUUCUAAUACAGACAUUUCUAGAUUACCAAAAAAGGAGAGUAUAAAAUGCAUCAUGGAAUGCAUGAUGUUUGAUUUCUUGCUGUGGUCUAUCGAGAUGUUGGGUCACGGAGGGGGAUGGAAUUUUUUUUGAAAGUCUGCCAGUUUUUUCCAUUCAUGAAAGAAUCCUCACACUCCUCAACAAAGGUGGUUGUACAAUAUCUAAAAGGCUGACACUUUUAAUCCCUGAAAAAAAAGGAAGCACGUCCCCCCCCCAUAUGCCCCCGGUACGUGGCCUAGUUCACAUACCGACCAAUGAGCAUGCAUUUAAAAAUCCAGAUUUUUCCUUAUAAAUA